CUUUGUCUGUGGCCCGGCGCACAGCGUUCCAACUCCCCUGAGACCGGCUAUUCGGUAAAUCAAGGCCCGAAAUGUAGCCCGCCAGGUCGAAAGUCCGAGGUGGUUGGCUCCACUACCGAUUCGGUCCCAGUUCCUCGUGUCGCCAGAGCAUUUGCCAGUGAAUGGCCGAUGCAUCAUUGGUCCGAGGUGGCGGCCCUCUGCGGGCUCGGCGAAAUGUCUGUCGCAACCGGGGCGAUAGCAGGAGCUGACCGUGUUGCUAUCUUCGGCGUCACCGUCACCUGCUCGCCCGUUUGUCGCCUCGCCCUCUUCAGACGGACCAAAAGCGCGCCAGCAUCGCGAUGA